GCCAGAGCAACAAAGUUCUGGUGCGGUGGAGCUUGUCGUCUUCUUCACCAUAUGGUUCUGAACAGUGGGUGAUUCGGAAUCGGAAGGAGAAGUGGUGCAGGCUUCGGAGUUGAGAGAUCCGGCGAGGAUGGGGUCGUCGUCGGCGGCGUCGUUAAGUUCUCCAAAGAAGAGAGCGAAAUCCCAGGUAGAGGAGGAUGAGGACGACGAAGAGAGCGUUUGUUGCGGGAUUUGCUACGCGGAGCGAGGGGUUUCGAUCGCAGGGGAAAUCGAUUGCUGCAGCCACUACUUUUGCUUCGUCUGCAUCAUGGAAUGGGCUAAGCACGAGUCUCGAUGCCCAAUUUGUCGCCAGAGAUUCUCCAACGUUCGCAGGCUCCCCAUGCACGGCGUAUUUUCUUCCUCCCGGGACGUGAAGGUCCCUCAUCGUGACCAGGCCUAUCAUCCUCAUGGGAAUGUGGCAAUUGGUCCUCUCGAUUCUUAUGGCGAAACCAAAUGUGGUGUUUGUCGUGCUGGGACAGAUGAACAUUUUCUACUACUUUGUGAUCUUUGUGAUUCUGCUUCACACACAUACUGUGUUGGCCUGGGAUAUACUGUUCCUGAAGGUGAUUGGUUUUGUCACGAUUGUGCUAUUUCACGGGGGACCAAUGCCAAUGAAGAAUCAGACCAACAAUGUGUUGUGCCAGAGGCUGAGCCAAGUGAAACCGUUGAUAUCUUUGAUAUUGUGAGGGAAACAGGCAGUCGGGUGGUUAAAAGACCAAGGGCAUCUCCUUUACAACAGAACCUGUCAUCUCCUUCUGCUAUUCCUUUAUCAGAUAGGUUAAGUAGAUUCAAAGGAAAAAGUCCUGCCGAAGGUGUCAAUAGUAUGCAGCGUAAUAUUGGGGCAUUUCGUGAGAACUGGAAUGCUUUGAGGAGUGGUUCAUUACGGUUCCAUUGUGAUGCAGAUCAAGCCAGCAGUACGGUUAGUCAAAAGCAAGAUUCUAGAUCAUUAUCACAUGGCAAACUAUAUGAUUCACAAUCCGGGGCUUCCACAAGCGUGCAGCAAUCCACUGUCCAGGGUGGUCCUUCUUCUAGCAAAACGUUGAAUGAGAGAGUGUUUAAAGAUAAUGUUGACAAGGCUUGGAAAAUGGUGGACAGAGCAAGGAGGAAGCAAGUAAAUCCUCAAAGAAUUAGAAGCAAUCGGCAGGGAGUAGAUAGACCCUCAUGCAGUGGAGCUCGUAAAACAUCAGUUGAACACUCUAAUUUCCCAGAACUGAAAGAUCAACAUUCCAAAGAAUUAAACUUAAGGAACACUGCGAAAGAGAAGCAGUGUGACUAUUCUAGACUCUUCCAGAAUUUAAAAAAUUGCUCAACUCUAAAGUUGGAAGAGAAAAAGAAAAGUAGAGUUAGAUGUGAGGAGAUGAUACACCGUGUAAGGGACCAUACUACUCAUUCAGAAGGAUAUUGUGAAAGUCCAUUGUCUAGAAAGGUCCCUACUAAUAUCCAGGGUGGUGCUCCAUUUCGUGAAGAAGAGAGAAAUGCUUGCCAGGUAACUUCGGUAGAUUUAGCUUCCUCGCGUGGCAAGUUUGUUAGUGACCUCUCCCCUUGUAAGGACGUGGAUCUUGUCAAUGAAGAAAAGAAAUUAGCUGCUAGUCUCGAGGAUGGAAGCACAGGAAAAACUGACGAUGCAAAAACUGAGAUCCAGUCUCUUGUCAAAUUGAAUCUGAAGCUCUUAACCAGAGAUAAAAAAUUAGGUUUUGAUACCUUCAAGGUAGUUGCUAGGCAGGCCACCCAUACCAUCUUGGCUGCCUGCAGUUCUGAGCAGCAAAAGUGCAGCACAUCCUCCUCUUGCUCAGUAUGCUGUCAUUCCGACAAUACUCCUCAGUUUCAGAAAUCUACUUUAAUGCCGAAUUGUUGCAGGCAAUGCUUUUACGCCUUUGUAAACAACGUUGUCAGUUCCACCAUGAUGGAGAAAGUGGGUUGUGCUUGAUCUGCGUUAUUUUUUUUUCUUGUGUGCUUCUAUCUAUUGCUGUGAUUAUGGUUCUCCAUUGUAAAAUUCAAGUCGGAGUUAGGGGAUAGCAGUGUAAUCUAUUAACUUUCUACCUGGAUGGAAUAAGAGAGGAUUUUUAAAUUGAAAA